CCUCCUCUCCGCCUCCCGCGCGGGAGCGCGCCCCGCUCCACUCCCCGGCUGCCGCCUCCUGCAGCAGCGGCGGCGGCGGCGGCGGCGGCGCUGAGGGAGUUGCGCGGGCUCUGCCCGAUGUGGCAAGAGGCGAUGAUGAUGAGGAGGAGACGCCGCUACCUGCUGGAGCGGGCAGAGCAGGCGGGCGGCGGCGGCUGCGGGGCGAGCGGCGAGCAGUCCCGCUCCCGGGACUGGCUCUACGAGUCCUACUACUGCAUGAGCCAGCAGCACCCGCUCGUCGUCUUCCUGCUCCUCAUCGUCAUGGGCGCCUGCCUGGCCUUCCUCGCCGUCUUCUUCGCCUCCGGGCUGGAAAUUGAAGACCAUGUGGCAUUUUUAAUAACUGUUCCAACGGCCCUAGCAAUUUUUUUCGCUAUAUUUAUCCUUGUCUGCGUAGAACCUGUUUUUAAGAAGCUGCUUCGUAUAUUUUCUCUGGUGGUCUGGGUAUGUCUUGUUGCCAUGGGAUAUCUCUUUAUGUGUUUUGGAGGAAUCAUCUGCCCCUGGGACCAGGUAUCAUUUUUCUUGUUCAUUAUUUUUGUGGUGUAUACCAUGCUGCCCUUCAACAUGAGGGACGCUAUAGUUGCCAGCGUCUUGACCUCUGCAUCUCAUACGAUUGUGCUGAGCGUCUGUCUAUCAGGUACAGCUGUUGUAAAGGAGCACUUGGUUUGGCAGAUACUGGCAAAUGUAAUCAUUUUUAUCUGCGGAAACUUGGCAGGAGCAUACCACAAACACCUCAUGGAACUUGCACUGCAGCAGACGUAUCAGGACACGUGCAACUGCAUCAAGUCCCGUAUCAAGUUAGAGUUUGAGAAGAGGCAACAGGAGCGUCUUCUACUUUCUUUGCUGCCUGCUCACAUUGCCAUGGAAAUGAAAGCAGAGAUCAUUCAGCGGUUACAAGGUCCCAAGGCAGGCCAGCUGGAAAACACCAACAACUUCCACAAUUUGUAUGUCAAAAGGCACACCAAUGUAAGCAUCCUGUAUGCUGAUAUCGUGGGAUUCACGCGCCUGGCCAGUGACUGCUCGCCAGGGGAACUGGUGCACAUGCUAAAUGAGCUGUUUGGCAAGUUUGAUCAGAUUGCAAAGGAAAAUGAAUGUAUGAGAAUUAAAAUCCUAGGUGACUGCUAUUACUGUGUUUCUGGACUACCUAUAUCUCUCCAAAAUCAUGCCAAGAAUUGUGUGAAAAUGGGACUGGACAUGUGUGAAGCAAUUAAGAAAGUGAGAGAUGCAACUGGAGUUGACAUUAAUAUGCGUGUAGGAGUGCACUCUGGGAACGUGCUUUGUGGCGUUAUUGGGCUACAGAAGUGGCAGUACGAUGUAUGGUCACACGAUGUUACUCUGGCAAAUCACAUGGAAGCUGGAGGAGUCCCAGGCCGUGUUCACAUCACCUCAGUCACCUUGGCACAUUUGAAUGGAGCUUACAAAGUGGAAGAUGGGGAUGGAGAUGUGAGGGACCCAUAUCUGAAAGAGCAUAAUGUUAAGACUUACUUUGUAAUCAAUCCUAAGGGAGAGAAGCGAAGCCCUCAGCACCACAUUAGACCUCGACAUACUCUUGAUGGAGCCAAAAUGAGAGCUUCUGUCCGCAUGACCCGGUACCUGGAAUCUUGGGGAGCGGCCAAGCCAUUUGCACACUUGCACCACAGGGACAGCAUGACCACUGAAAACGGCAAGAUUAGCACAACAGAUGUUCCCAUGGGGCAGUAUCAUUUUCAGCGCUGCAGAGAGAGAACAAAAUCACAGAAAAGAAGGUUUGAGGAGGAACUGAAUGAGAGGAUGAUCCAGGCCAUUGAUGGAAUCAACGCCCAAAAGCAGUGGCUUAAAUCUGAAGACAUUCAAAGAAUAUCACUUCUUUUCUAUAACAAGACUCUGGAAAAAGAAUAUCGAGCGACUACUCUGCCUGCAUUUAAGUAUUAUGUGACUUGUGCCUGUCUCAUAUUCUUCUGCAUUUUUGUUGUGCAGAUUCUGGUUUUGCCAAAAACAUCUAUUCUUGGAAUUUCAUUCGGGGCUGCAUUUCUCUUGCUUUCCUUCAUUUUGUUUAUCUGCUUUGCUGGACAGCUUUUGCAAUGUAGCAAGAAAGCAUCAGCUUCAUUGUUGUGGAUCCUGAAAUCAUCUGGAAUAAUUGCAAACCGUCCUUGGCCACGGAUCACUCUUACAUUGACAACCACUGCUAUAAUAUUAACUAUGGCUGUAUUCAACAUGUUUUUCCUGGAUAAUGCUGUGAAAGCUCUUCCCUCGGUUCUUAAUUCAUCAAAUGCAAGUUUUCCUAAUUCGAGUAAUCAGACACGGUGGUGUAUACAAAACAACUGUUUUUUCCUGCCGUAUUUUAUAUACAGCUGCAUAUUAGGACUCAUUUCCUGUUCUGUUUUCCUGAGGAUAAAUUAUGAGUUGAAAAUGGUAAUAAUGUUGAUUGCAUUGGUGGGCUACAAUGUUAUCCUUUUGCACACUCACGGGCCCAUGCUGGAUGACUACAGCAAAUUUAUGUAUGCCACGGCAUCUCUUAGAAGGCCAGGAAUACUGAAAGACCUGAAGACAAUGGGCUCAAUUUCUUUGUUUAUAUUCUUCGUCACAUUACUGGUUUUGGGUAGACAGAAUGAAUAUUACUGUAGGUUAGACUUCCUGUGGAAGAACAAGUUCAAAAAAGAGCGGGAAGAGAUUGAAACCAUGGAGAACCUAAAUCGGGUGCUUCUGGAGAAUGUGCUUCCAGCCCAUGUAGCUGAACACUUCUUGGCAAGAAACCUGAAGAAUGAGGAUCUGUAUCACCAGUCGUAUGACUGUGUCUGUGUAAUGUUUGCCUCUGUUCCGGAUUUCAAGGAAUUUUACACAGAAUCUGAUGUAAAUAAGGAAGGCUUGGAAUGUCUCAGGCUGCUAAAUGAGAUCAUUGCUGACUUCGAUGAUUUAUUGUCAAAGCCAAAGUUCAGUGGAGUUGAAAAGAUAAAGACCAUUGGAAGCACUUACAUGGCAGCAACAGGAUUGAGUGCCACACCCAACCAAGAGCAGUGCCAGGAACCUGAACGACAAUAUAUGCACAUAGGAACCAUGGUGGAAUUCGCAUUUGCCUUGGUGGCAAAACUGGAUGUCAUAAACAAGCAUUCAUUCAAUGACUUCAAGUUACGAGUAGGUAUCAACCAUGGACCUGUAAUAGCUGGAGUAAUUGGAGCUCAAAAACCACAAUAUGAUAUCUGGGGCAAUACAGUAAAUGUGGCCAGCAGGAUGGACAGCACUGGUGUCUUAGAUAAAAUACAGGUUACAGAGGAGACGAACAACGUCCUGCAAACACUGGGGUACAUGAGCACUUGCAGAGGAAUAAUAAAUGUAAAAGGAAAAGGAGAAUUGAAGACAUACUUUGUACAUACCGAAAUGACAAGAUCCCUUUCACAAGGGAACGUGGCAUCUUGAAGAAAGCUUGUACGUGUCAUCGAUACCAUAUUUUCAGGAAAGUAUCACGCACUUUUUAACUACAUUUUGGCCCUUAACAUGCGUGCUAUUUUCUGGUAUGUGGCACUUAUUUUAAUAUGGCUGCAGAAUAGUCCCAUGAGCCAUCAUUUUGCACCUUGAUUUCCUAUGUUCAAGGACAGUUGCGAUGUACGCUAUAGGACUGGAAGAUUGUACUGCUACUUGCACUGUUAUUCAAAGACAAGAAAAGAAGGAAUAGGAAUUAAAAGGAGAUAACUCAUCCUGAAAGGACUAAAAAGAGAUGUUAGUGACAAAUGCGGGGAAAAAAGGCAAUAAAGCUAGGGGUGCAUACUAUUUCCUGAUGCAUGGUGUUUUCUGGAAAAUACAGUCGCUCCCCAAUAGCAUCCACUAAUCUGGUAUUAAAGUAUACAGUAUUUGUAAAUAAGUUUACUCUGUCCACACAUGAUUUGGAUGUGAUCACCAGUUGCAUCUCAUAGCCAGGGACACGUUGGGUGGCUUGCUGGCAUUCUUUCUGAAGAGAGAACUAACAAUGCUGGAAUAGUUUUGUACAAACGUGUCAAAUGUUUUGAAGCUAUUGUCUUUUGUAAGGUUAAUUCAUUAAAAGUUUAUAUGUACUUUGUCUUACUGUUGCUGUCUCUUAGUUUUGCUUCCUUCCAUGGCUUCUGUUGCUUCAAACCUGCGCGUCCUCUGCUGCUGCCGCUGCUGCUUUUUAUUCAGCAGUUAGAUGUUGAGGCAGGCUAUGGCCAGCUAUCUCAAUGGCCUCAGUCAAUAAUAUCUGCUAGGCUUGCUAUUGCCUUUUCAGAAAUCAAAUCACCUCUAUUGUCUUCAGUCUUGGGUGGCAUCCUAGGCACUUUGCAGUCAUGUACUCCCUGGGUGACCCAGAAGACUUACCUCAAAUCCAUAAACACAAGCCAAGUGGGGGAUACUGGAGACAGUAGUAGUGUUGCUACUUUGCCACUGGCCUGCAAUGCUUAAGCAAUAGCUAGGAGAAGCUGUACAAGAGAAGAAAUGUUUUGGUUUUUUUGCACUUUGAUAACCUCUUUUGCCCUUGCAUGCCUUUCACUUAACCUUUACAAUGCCGGGUUUCAUGGGAUGAUUAAAAUACUCUAAUUUAUCAGGAUAUGAGUAGGAGCAGAAGGUACAAAAAAUUCUACUUUGUGGAUAUUCAAGAUUAAUUUAAAACCCAUUGAAUUAAAAGUAUCACACUUUUGGAGUUUCACAGAUAAGCCAGGUGAAAGACUGCAAAAGCAGGUAAUUGUACUAUCUAUGCUCUUUUGAAGCAUAGAUAGUAAAGACUAAUUUUUGCUUUGCUAUAAUCAGUACUUGAAAUUAACAUAUUCUUUUAGUCGUAAUAUCCUAACAAGACCAAAAUGAAUAAAAUCCUCCUAUUUACAAAAUAGCAUAUAAUGACAAGAUUUUUUUUCUGACUGGUAUUGUAUGAAUAUAGAAGUCAAGUUAUGCACUGUAAGCUCUGACAUGUUAUGGAAAUGUAAAAAGUAUUCAAUUUUCUCAUUCGUGGAACAUAUAUUUACAUUUAUAUUGCACUGGAGUCCUUUCAGAAGGAGUUCUUAAAACUGUGGCUCACAAAUAAAUGGCAUCAUGCCACAGCCUCACUUGAGUGUGCCACAGUUUACUCAUGGCAGCCAUUUGCCCACUAGCAAAUUUGAAUGGCAGUAGAUUUCAAAGUAUCUACAUCUGCAGUAAAAUAGACAAUCUGAAUUUUGAUCCCUUUAAGUUAGUCUAAAAGCAAAAUGCAAGUUAUUUCAGUUACGACCAACAUAACACACUUGACGUCUCACCCAGAGCUGGAGACUUUUGAUCGGUAACUCUCAAGAUAGGUGCUCAGUCUAAUAAAAUCUCAUUAAAAAGAUUUGUUGUCUUUAUGAUUUCUUCCUUUUAAUUAAUAAGUUAACAUAAAUAUUUUCCAGUGGAAUGAAAGACUUUCCAAAUAGCUCACAUGGCAGCAGAAACAAUGUCUCACUCAUUGCCUAAAACAAGCUAUCAUUUAGCUAUACUUUAAGACUUCUAAAUCCCUCCUCUGCACUCACUAUAAAUUUGUCCUAGGAACACUGAAAAAAAAUAUUAAUCUUUUAGACUUUGAAUGUACUUUGGGCCCUUAAAAUCAUUCUGAUAUUAUCACAGGUCAAAGCAAUUAUUUCUUACUGUGGAUGAAAACCCUUUAUGUAAAGUUGAUUAUAUUGUACUGUCGUAUCUAUGUGCAGCUUUCAGGUAUAACCUGUACAUUCAGGAUUUUGCUUUUCACUUGUGUUCUUGCACAUCAGUAGGAAACCUUGUACCUAAUUUGAUAGCUUUGUUUCUAUGAUUGUGAUAAAAGUUAACCAGCAUUAUAUUUCUGUAAGCCAUGAAACGUUAAACCAUUUGAAUGGCUGUGAGCUGACUGGUCCAAUGAAAUAUAAAGAAAGAUAUAUACGUGCCCUCCAAGAUCAUGUUGAGGAUGCCCUCGUUCAGAGCACUCAUGUUGCACUGCUGUUCUUCUCUCAUUUUGUAGUUGCAUUCAAAUUCUUGCAGCCAAAUCCAGCUAAAGAACAAGAAAGUGGGCAAAAGAUGAUUACACCCGCAGUAUGAUGCCCAGACAAAGAAAGGUGCAUACCAUCCUCUCUCUAGCCUUCGACUGCUGAGUAUUAUUAUUAUCUUUCUAGUGCUGAGAAGCUAUUUGUAUCCAAUAAAUACUUUUUGUCUUCCAAUGCAUUUUACAUCUACUGUUUAUACUGUUUUAUUUUUCCCCUGUCUAGAUUGACCCAGAGUUCUUGUAUCCUCUUUCUUCCCCUCCUGUGAUGAUUUCAUCUGCCUCAAUAACUAGACAUAACACUGCUCAUAGAUCAGUGUGUAACUGGGAAAGCUUUAUGAUAACUAUACAAAUCAGUAUUUGACAUUCCAUAUAUUCUACCUCACAGUAAGGCUCAAGUUCUAUGACUUCCAUGGUGGUGCUGUAGUUCAUAGGUCACUGGUGAACCACAAAAAGCGUGACUUCAAAAAGUACAAUGCAAAUGUAUUUCACACCAUGAGGCAGCAGCCAAAAGGUCAAUAUAAGAGUGAUGCACUGUGGUCUGGGAAAAUGAAAUCCAAAUGGGAACACCUGGAGAGCCUGAUGGAUUUCUUUCUCAAAGUCAGAGCUUUGCUCCAAUUUAUGGAGGGCUACCAAAGGACAGGAAGAAAAAUUAGACUUGCAGAUAUUUUUGUUAACUACAAACAUAGUUAGUGUUACCUGUAAAUUAAUGUUAUUUAGCUGCCGUUUCUAAAAACAGACAUUAGCAUUUAUGCUGUGUGAAAAGCAUUUUUCAUUCUCUUUAUAUUCCUUUAUGAUUCCUCUAUUUUGUAAAAUAUCUACAGACCUUCCCUUUUUCCACUGAGGCACAGGUAGGAGUUCAGCCUGCUUAUUUCUAAAGCGACAGCUGUGCACAUCCGAAGGUAGAGCUGUUAAAAAUCUGUCCCAAUUUGUUUUCAGAACUUCAUAUCAGGACAAAUAAUUAGCGAAGUUGUCAGGACGCUUUAUACAGCACCAGAUUUACUGUUAAAAGCAAUGAUUGCCUUGUCCUUUGAUAUAUAGUUUUCUGUAUGAAGAUGUUUUUUCAUUGCCAGAUAGCAUAUUCUCCUUCAUAUGACAUAGAUACUACCCUUCAACACUUUUUACAGGUGGACUCCAAACAAUUUUAUUACUAGGGCUUUUUAGUUUUAUUCUUAUUUUCUUGUCUAAAAUAGUGGAGUGACUCUAGGGAGGAAACAAAUGUAGAAUGACAUACAUGUAUCUUAAAUAAAACAUGUAAUUAAAAGAGUAUUUUUGUUCCUUGAAGUACGUCAAAUUUGUGUGGAUUUAUCAAAAGUGGUGUAUAGAUCAACUGUAGCUGGUUCACCCUAAAGUUUGCUACAUACGAAUUUUAAACAUUUUCAAAAUUAAGGGCAGAAAUUAUUCUGGUCAAUGUAGUUUUUAAUAUGUCAAAAUGCAAGAUAAGGACAUUUUAAUCCUGUUUGCAACUAUGAACCCCCUUUAUGUUGUAGGAUGCCACUGCUCAAAAUAAAGAUUCUGCCAAGAUUUGUUUGAAAAACUUUUAUAGAGUAUUUUCCAAAUAUGUUUCUAGCCAUUGAGAUGCCCUUCCUGAAAAUCUCAGUUUUGACAGGAAGUAAUACACAAAGUAUUUUGAAAGAUUGACAUUCUAGGACAAGAAAUUUUCACGCUUGCAUUCCAAAACAGUCUUACAAAUAACAAUUGUUACGAAAGUAAUGUCCACCUCAUGUAUAAAAUUGUGUAUU